CUGAACUCUGAUGGGUGGUGCUAUAAAUGAUUAAGUAUACACGCAACGCCGCUCAGCAGAAAGUGUCGGAAGUUACCGUUUCCGCCUUUCUUGUCUACGUCCUGCGAUAGACUGUAGAAGGCGAACACUCUGAUUUGCGGCAACGUGUCUAUCAACGAGAUGGCUAACACAGGCAUUGGUGUAGCGACGUUUCUUAUGGCCACGUUGUCCUUGGUGACUCCUGGACCGGGGCCAGACGAACAGGUGCUAGCGGAGAAUAUGGCCAAGAGCAUCAAGGAGGCAUUUUCAUCCCUUCGUUUCAUACGAGACUUGGAUCACAUCAAAGAAGACAUCGGAAAAAUUGCCCUACUAGAACCGGACGACGACAUCAGCCACAAGAAGAUGAUAUUCUACUUUUUCCGGAUGCACGACUUCGACAGCAACGGCCUUCUGGAUGGGCUAGAACUCUUGGCAGCCGUCCAGCAUCACGAAGCCGGCAAAUCCUCCCGGGAACACGUUUCAUUCCAGACGUACAUAGAUGCAGUUGACUCAACAUUGGAACUCGACAAGAACCGCGACGGUUUCGUAAGUUAUUCAGAACUACGAGUAGUGGAAGAGUAGCUGUGGUCAUCGUCCACUUCAACCAAAGGGUUACAAGGUUCGCACUAUGAUGAACUGCGCAAGUGUUAGAUGAGUGCCUGGCAGACCACAUCUUUUUCUUGCUGGGAAGUCAACGCCUUGUGCCCUGCGUCAUCACCGCCUUGUCGUGAAACUUAUUUCAGUGCGGACUUUGCGUGUCAUUUUGCCAUCGUCAUUGGUGCCACGCGAAAAACUCGACGAACUAUGGUUGGAAUAGAAGUUCUCCUAUAGUCGUGAAAAGAAAUCUAGUCCGUCAGCUCUCAAGAUAUUACUGCGCCGCAGAUACGAUGGCUGGACGCAGAGAGGACACGCUCUUUCCCUGCGCCAAAUAAUGUAAUCUAUCAUACUCGCGCUGAUUCAAUAUCGGCUGUUAAGACUGGACGCACACUGCGUUGCAGCAGAAAGUGCGCUUCCCUACCCAUGGCUCAUGGUGGCGCCGUAGUAUUUCUCCCUGCGCACUAUUGCAUCUCCUUAUCUCCAACGGCGUAUGUAUAUAGUUGACGGACUAGAUUUAUUUUCCUUCUUAGUUGAACACUACUAUACUCCACUUUACGUGAACACAGCUAAACCCUGCACCUGUCAUUCAGGUAACUGCGGUCUGUUGGUCAGGGUCACUGUCUUGUCUUGAUCUUUGUCCAGGUCUUCUGCAACAUUAUUUUUCGCGUCAGGCGACUUUGUUUACAUUGCGUUUUGCCUCUACCCGUCAUUUUCCCAUCUGCACAAAACCAGAAGGAAGGACGUACUUUACCAGUGAAUAUUACACGGUGCUUCUCAGCAGGGCAAGCGAGGAGGGAGGGGGCAACCGGGGAUGGCGCUCCGGAGCCCGCACGACCUGACGCCCGUCGUAAUUAUGUGAAAGAGAAAACUUAGACUAUGUUAUCGAGGCGUGAGGAGGGUGCCCAGGCGUGGCCCUUACCUCAUCUCGCCGGCCCAUGCUUCUCAGAAGUCGCUUUUUCAUCCGAAGUAAGAGUGCAUAGCAUCGGCUGUGUGAGCGUUAGCGCUGGUGUCGUUGUCUUGUCUUUGUGAGUGGUCAGCUACGAGGCCUCAUAUGUGAAUGCACGUGCUUGUCUUACAGUUGUCCUUUCUCCUAGCCGUUGACCGACGCGGUGAUGAUCCAUUAAAUAGAUUCGACGUUAUGAUUUUACUGCGGUAGCGGAAGGUAUCGGGAAAUCGCCUGUGGUUGUAUCACAAAACCCUCCGCUUCUUCUCUCUUCUUCUUCUCUGUCUCCGUCUGUCUUCUUCUUCUGUCUGUUGACUGUCGUUUCGAUGUUACAAAACAAGUUAAAAUAAUCUAUAAAUAAGCUAAUAAAAGCAGUUUUGGCAUACUCUCAGAGAAGGGUACGUCGUCACAGAAAGUGUCCCAAUUUUAGUAAUACUAUCGUCCCGCUAAUUCCAGCUCCACACAUCACUACUGAUCUCACAGAUCACAAGGCAGUACCGGUCACUCUAAAGUAGCUGUGCAUAUAUCCACACACAACCAGGGAUCGGAACCGGAACUGAACCCGAACCGAAAACCGGAAAAAACCGUUAUUUUCUGACGAACCCGAACCGAACCGAACCCGAACAAUUUUUUUGCUUGUCCUGAGCUGAACCGGAACUGAACCGAAAAAAAUUGAUACGGUUACCGGUUCGGGAAUCGGUUCAGAGGUGAAUUAAUUGUACUACUGACCGACCUUUUUUUUGCUCACCUGAAACUGUUAUCUCACACCUUUCUCUUACAACCGUGCACGGUGAGCGUAAGCUUGCUUGCAUGUAGCAAAAUUACUGCCCGUGGACCGGUUAAACCGGGGCCGAAAAAAGUAACUGUUCCAAUCCCUGUAAAUGCCCCGACCGCUGACAGAUUUUUUUUUUUGUCUGUGUAUGUGCGGGGGUGGGGAGGGGAGGGUUCUCCCUGUGCCGAACCCGAACCGAACCGAUAUACCUGAACCCGUUCAAGCUGAUAAUUUCGGUUCAGCGGAGCUAAACCCGAACCGAACCAAUAUGCCUGAACCCGAACCCGAACCGGACCGAAAAAAAUACCGGUUCCGAUCCCUGCACACAACAUCCGCACACGACAACAACCGCUGAACUUCGCGUUACACAAUCGUAGCCGUCCUGUAUUUUUUUUUGUUGUUGUUGUAGUUGUUGUUAAUAAAUCACUGCUGUCAGUA